AAUAGCAAUAACAGCAAAUCCUUCCAUUUCCUAGUUGAAUUCAUUUCUAUUUGCUUCUUACAAGCAAACAUGGGUGUCAUCACUUACUCUCAAGAGUUCGCAUCUGUUGUUGCUCCAUCGAGAAUGUUCAAGGCUUUGGUCCUUGACUCACACAACAUCAUUCCAAAGAUUGUCCCCGGGGGCAUCAAGAGCGUCGAAUUCAUUGAGGGAGAUGGUGGAGUUGGCAGCAUUAAGCAGACGAACUUUAGCGAAAGUGCUCAUAUCAAGUACACGAAGCACAAGAUUGAUGCUCUUGAUGUUGAGAACUUUUAUUGCAAAUAUACUUUGAUUGAAAGUGAUAUCAAGUUUGACAAAAUCAAGUUCAUUGUCUAUGAGGUGAAGUUCGCAUCGGCUAAUGAUGGAUGUGUCUGCAAAAUGACAAGUGAAUAUGAUGUUGAGGAAGGUGCAGAGCUCAAGGAAGAUGACAUCAAGCAGGGAAAAGAUAGGGCUAUGGGAUUGUUCAAGACGGUUGAAGAGUACCUCUUGGCAAACCCCACUGUUUGUGCUUAAAUUUUCUUUUCAAAAUUCUGUGGAGUGAUAAUCAAUGGAAGUUGAGUGAUUUUUUUUUUUCUAUGUUUCUUUUUGGCUCUAGCUUGGAGCUUUUGCGUGAAGGUUUUUCUUUCUAGUGUCCCUGUAUGUGCAAAAGGAUUUGUUGGU